CUUCUUCAGCUCCCCACCGUUUUGCAGCAAACCAAUGUGAGUUGCUGACAUUUAACCAAAGCCGCCGCCCCCUUCUUGCCCUCACUAGUCUCUACUGUUUUCCUCCUUUCCGGACUGACCGCGACAGCUGCUGAUGCUUAGUUCAUCUCCGUGAAGUUGGGACACAACCGAAGGCAUGCCGCUGGCUCGCAGCCUGUCCGUCACGUCCCUGUCAGGACUUGAGGAAUGGGACGAGGAGUUUGAGUUGGAGGAUGCUGUCCUUUUUGAAAUUGCUUGGGAGGUCGCCAACAAAGUUGGAGGCAUCUACACCGUCAUCCAGACCAAAGCCCGUAUGACCGCAGAGGAAUGGGGGGAGAACUAUUUCCUUGUGGGUCCCUAUGUGGAGAGCAACGUGCGCACCCAAGUGGAGCUGAUCGAGCCAACCAAUCCCGUGCUGAAGCGGACCAUUGACAAAAUGAACUCCAGUGGCUGUAAGGUCUACUUUGGCCGCUGGCUUAUUGAAGGCAGUCUUUACGUAGUUCUGAUAGAUGUCAGCUUCACUGCCUGGUCUUUGGACCGCUGGAAGAGUGAGCUGUGGAAGCUCUGUGCCAUCGGCGUGCCGUGGUUCGACCGUGAGGCCAACGAUGCCGUGCUGUUUGGCUUCCUCACCGCCUGGCUCUUGGGAGAGUAUGCAGCUCAGUCUGAGGAGCCUCCACACAUUGUGGCCCACUUCCAUGAGUGGCUGGCUGGCCUGGGCUUGGUGCUGUGUAGACAGAGACAGCUUCCUGUGGCAACUAUUUUCACCACCCAUGCUACACUGCUGGGCCGCUACCUGUGUGCUGGAAACGUGGACUUCUACAACAACCUUGCAGAGUUCAACGUGGAUAAAGAAGAAGGAGAUCGGCAGAUUUACCAUCGCUACUGUCUGGAGCGGGCGGCUGCACACUGCACUCAUGUCUUCACCACCGUGUCACAAAUUACAGCCAUCGAGGCCGAGCACCUGCUCAAAAGGAAACCUGACAUUGUCACUCCAAACGGGCUCAAUGUGAAGAAGUUCUCUGCUAUGCAUGAGUUUCAAAACCUCCACGCUCAGAGCAAGAAUCGCAUUCAGGAGUUUGUCAGGGGUCACUUCUAUGGGAACCUUGACUUCAACCUGGACAAGUGUCUGUUCCUCUUCAUAGCUGGAAGGUAUGAAUUCUCCAACAAAGGAGCCGACAUCUUCCUGGAGGCUUUAGCCAGACUCAACUAUCUACUGAGAGUUAACCACAGCGAUGUAACUGUUAUAGCUUUCUUCAUCAUGCCAGCUCGGACCAAUAACUUCAAUGUGGAGACAUUGAAGGGCCAAGCAGUCAGGAAGCCGCUCUGGGACACUGCUCAGACUGUGAAGCACCGCUUUGGAAAGAAACUUUAUGAAUCACUCCUAAUUGGUCAGCUGCCAGACGUGUCAAAGAUGCUGGACAAAGAGGACUUCACCAUAAUGAAGCGUGCCAUCUUUGCGACUCAGAGGCAGUGCCAGCCGCCAGUCUGCACCCACAACAUGCUGGAGGACAGCAGCGACCCCAUCCUCAACUGUGUCCGGCGCAUCGGCCUUUUCAACAGCUCCGCUGACCGAAUUAAGAUCAUCUUCCACCCAGAGUUCCUUUCGUCCACUUCUCCUCUGCUUCCCAUGGAUUUUGAGGAGUUUGUAAGAGGCUGCCACCUUGGUGUCUUCCCUUCUUAUUAUGAGCCUUGGGGUUAUACACCAGCUGAGUGCACGGUGAUGGGUAUUCCAUCCAUAUCCACUAAUCUGUCAGGCUUUGGAUGUUUCAUGGAGGAACACAUAGCAGACCCCUCAGCGUAUGGUAUUUACAUCCUUGACCAGCGCUACAAGGACGUCGACGAGUCGUGCAACCAGCUCACUUCCUUCCUUUUCCAGUUCUGCAAGCAGAGCCGACGCCAGCGGAUCAUCCAGAGGAAUUGCACAGAGCGCCUGAGUGACCUCCUGGACUGGAGAUACCUUGGCAGAUAUUAUAUAGCUGCCCGUCAUAUGGCCCUGGCUAAGGCCUUCCCUGACACCUACAUAUAUGAGCCUCAUGAGCCCUCUCCGACUUCGGGCUUCCGCUACCCCCGACCAGCCUCUGUGCCUCCGUCCCCGGCUCUGUCCCGCCACUCCUCCCCACACCACAGUGAGGUCGAAGACAACGAGGAGGACGAGCGCUACGACGAGGAUCUGGAGGCCGAAAAGGACAGAGCGAACAUCCGCCAGCCCUACAACAUGCCAGUUAAAGGCAAAGCCGUCCUCAGAGACAACGGGAGCGGCGCGGACGAGGCGGCCGUGAAAAACUGAUGCGCACACACCCGC